UGAGGUGGUUUAAAAACUCUAUCAAUCAGCACCCCACAAACCUACCGUCUGGUUCCGGUUCAUAGAUGAUACCUUUAUCAUUUGGAGCCACGGUGAGGAAGGAUUGAUGGAGUUCCAUUUCUAGAUACCUUGGUCAUCCGCAAAGCAAACUUUCAGUUAGGUCACAAGGUCUACAGGAAACGCUUGCCACAGAUGUGUCUGUUUCCCUUUCAGGCAGGUCACAGCCCGUCAGGGAGGCCUAGGAGCAUGACUGAUCCGUCCCUGGGUGAUCCCCCUCAGCUGCCAUUCAAGUCCAGCCCAGGGAGUGGCCCCCGGGGCAGCCCGCAUCUCAGCCUUGCUUCUGAGAGGGCAGCAUGAGGAAUGGAUCUCGCAGCUCCGAUUGCUGCGCAAACUUGCUUUGCUCCCUCCCCAACCGAGGGACAUAGGCAAGACAGGUGUCCAGACCGCCUCUUCACUUUUUGUAGCUCAAUAAAAUAUGUCUUGACCAACAACUCCCUCCCUGUCUGUUUGCUUGCCUGUGGAUGACAGGAGCACCUUCUCCAUCUCCCCGCAGGGCUGCCUUUUCACACAUCCCAGCGAGUGGCUUCUGGCUCAGGGCUGAGACAGAUGGGGCGGCCCCAAAGAGGCUCCAGGAGCCUCCGCGCCUUGGUGUCACUGUGCUGCCAGAAGGAGCAGGGGUCCAGUGGCAUCUUGGGGCCCUGCCCAGCUUCCCUCCCCCAUGCCCCACUCGCUACUCCGAGCAUGACUGACCGCCUAAUGAGCAAAGCAGCCACCAUGGAGAUCCCGAUCCAUGGCAACGGUGACUCCAGGCGCCUCCCUGAGGAUGACGGGCUGGAGCAGGACCUACAGCAGGUGAUGGUGUCCGGGCCCAACUUGAACGAGACCAGCAUUGUUUCUGGGGGCUACGGGGGGACAGCGGAGGGCAUCAUCCCCACCAGCUCUAUCAAAGACUCUCUUCUUUCAUCUCACCCACCCCACGGACCACUCAUCUCCCCCAGUCCGUCUGCUGCCAGCCGCAUAGCCAGCCAGGCUGCCGCCGCAGGCUCCAAUUUGCACCAGCCACACCCCAACUCAGCCAUGACCGGGGAGGAGGCCGCCCGGGGGGUUGCCGUGGAGAAGUUUGACAUUGUCAAGAAGUGGGGCAUCAACACAUACAAGUGCACGAAACAGCUGCUGUCGGAGCGCUUUGGGCGUGGCUCCCGCACAGUCGACCUGGAGCUGGAGGCCCAGAUUGAGCUGCUUCGGGACACCAAGCGGAAAUACGAGUGCGUCUUGGGUCUGGCGCGGGCGCUCACCAGCCACUUCUACAGCCUGGUCCAGACGCAGCACGCCCUCGCUGACGCCUUCUCCGACCUCAGCCAGAAGUCCCCAGAACUCCAGGAGGAGUUUGGGUAUAACGCAGAGACCCAGAAGCUGCUGUGCAAGAACGGAGAGACCCUCCUCGGGGCAGUCAACUUCUUUGUGUCUAGCAUCAACACCCUGGUCAACAAAACCAUGGAGGAUACCCUCAUGACGGUCAAGCACUACGAGACAGCCAGGCUGGAAUACGACGCGUACCGCACGGAUCUGGAGGAGCUCAGCCUGGGCCCGCGGGAUGCCGGCACGCUCUGCCGCUUGGAUGCUGCACAGGCCAACUUCCAGGCCCACCGCGUCAAGUACGAGAAGCUGCGCGCGGACGUGGCCGUGAAGCUGAAGUUCCUGGAGGAGAACAAGGUGAAAGUGAUGCAUAAGCAGCUCCUCCUCUUCCACAACGCCAUCUCGGCCUACUUUGCAGGCAACCAGCAGCAGCUGGAGCAGACCCUGAAGCAGUUCAGCAUCAAGCUGAAGAGCCCCGGAGCAGACAAGCCCUCCUGGCUAGAGGAGCAGUGAGCCCCUCCCCUCCCCCCUCCACGGACUUGGACUCUGACCAGGGCGGCAGCAGGGCGGGGGGCCUCUGACUCCGCCUCCAGGAUUGAGGGUUGAACAUGCCCCCCCCAGGCUCAGUAGCAGAAGCCCCCCCGCCCCCUCCCGCCCUGCUUUUUUUAAGGACCAGUUUAGUGCUCCAAGGGCCCCCCCUGGAGCAUGGCGCCUGCUCCUCCUCCGUUCCAGGAGGCCUGUGCAGUCCCCCUCCUCCCCCCACUGCAUGCAGACACUCCUGCCGGGAGGGAGGGGACGUGUUUUUCCCCCCCGCCGUUCCCAAAGAGCCACCCUCUUGGCCAGGAUUGGUUGUUCGUCUGGCGAAGGCGUUGGCACCACCUUGCGCCAAGCAUCCUCCAUCCCUCUCUGGCCAGAAUGUGGCUGGGGGUUGUCCUCUCCUCUUUUUGCCCCCUUCUGCUCUCAUCACCUGCCCUGCGGGGUAGCUGUGGCUGCUGCCCAGGGAAGGCACUCCUGGGCACUGUCUGUUGGGCCUUGUUGGCUGCUGGAAGGGGGCUACUUGAUGCCCGGCUGGCCCCUGGAGCGAGGCUGGGACUACGGACCAAACUCUGGUUGGGCUCCGACUUGGGGCAAAGGCCGGGCGUGCAUGCGUGCAUUAGGUGCCGGCCGUGGCCAGGGCCCCCGGAUUGCCUUCCUGUGCUGCGUGGGGCAGAGGCACCAAGCCUGGUAGGGUCCUUUCUCCUGCUCAGCGAAGCCCUGACCACCCCACAACACCCACACUCCAGUCUGUAAAGAUUCCAGAAUAAACGGUACAAAAUGGAGGUGGUUAUGCUCCUGCGGCAGGUGCGCGCCCCUCUCCCCCACCCCACUGCUCCUGUGGCACGAGGUGCUGGUUUCUCUCUGUGUGUGGAAUGGGUGGGGGGGGGCAACAGUAGCCUCCGUGCCUCCCUGUCUUGGGGUUGGUGGUGAAACGGUCUACUGCACAGAGCAUCUGCCCGGACUUUGGGCAGUUCUUCUCCGUAUGGGAAUUAGGAUGGCCCUGAGCUUGCCUGGAGCUGUUGCCCUAGAAUAACAACAAUAGGAGUAACAGUUCAUUUGUAUACUCUUCUGGAGAGGUUAGUGCCCACCCAGAGCAGUGAAAAAAUUCUAUGCUGUCCCCACAAUACAGGUGGGGAAGGGACCUGGGGCUGGAAGAGUGGCUUAGCCCAAGGCCACCCGGUGAAUUCAUGACAGUAGUGAGAUCCGAGCCAGCAAAGUGCUUCAUCGCUGCGUGAUUGCUUAACCCCUGUGCUCCCCUGGCCCUGCAGCUUGGCAUUGCAGGGCAGGUUGCCUCUUGGUCCCUGCUGAGCAGACCUGGGGGCAGGGGGAGAGCUGUGGCCCAGAGGUGCGUGAGAACCGCCUCUCCAUCCCAAUGAGUGACCCAGCUGCAGGGCCUGAGCGCUUUCAAGCCCAGGCAGAGCCCUGCUGGCCCCCGGAUGUGACUCUUUCCACCCCAGGUUGCCCCCUUCAGGGCUAUUCCCACUGGGGCAGGGGCUUCCCUGGGCCCGCCCUCCUCUAGACGCAGUUUUCCACCAAGAAGCUGCAAGGCUCCCCAUCUGCUGGCAGGAGCUACCCUAGGGUGGAGCCAGGGCCUGUUCAGGAAUUCCACCCCCCACCCCCAAAUCAGCGGUGGUCAUCGUGUGCCUGAAUCUCUCCGGGCGUGGAAGCGAGCAGGCCUUCAGAGGAGGAGGAUGGAGUGGCGACAGUGGAGACAAUCAAGAAGGAUUUUGCAGAAAUAAAAUGAGUUGUGUAUCUGA